GAGAAAAACAAGAUACCUACAGUACUGUUUCACCACUUGUGAAGCUGCCCUUCUGCAGGUGGGGAUCAGGGGCUUGAACCCAGGUUCUUGAAUAUGGUAAUGGUUAUGCUCUGCCAAGUGUGCAUCUGUGUUUUUUUUUUUUUUAAUAAUCUUUACUUAUUUUUUUGGGUAGAAACAAUAGGGAAAUCAAGAAAGAAGGGAUUGAUAGAGAUACAGAGACAGACACCUUCAACACUGCUUUACUACUUGCAAGCUGGGGACUGGGGGCUUGAACCUGGGUCCUUGCACAUUAUCACAUGUGCUUAAUCAGGUACACCACCACCUGGCCCUUUGUGCUGCUGUCUGACCCCAAUUCUAAGUAUAUUUUAAGGCUACAUUUUUACAGGGCUUCACAUUGUGAGAGAAAAAAUGCAUUGUGGACUAAGUGAAUAGAAAAUAAAGAAGAAUGUAAUCCUAGAAAUACAGAGAAAGGGUGGAGGUGUGCUGUAACCAGAUUGUAGAGUUCCUUUUUAUUUUUUUACAGAUUAAGUUUUGAAUUAACGUAUGAAGAAAAAAUUUAAAAAGUUUGAGAGGAUUGGCAUAAUAAAGUUUAUCCUGUGUAUCAAUGGACUUAACAAUAGUGUAAGUACAGGUUAUAGAGAGAAAUGUUAAGAAAGGGAGACUGCUAUUCUUUGUUCAAUUUCUGCAUUUCAAAUUACUAUGUAUUAUAAAUGAGUCCUAAGGUCUAGGUAUUUUAAAGCCACACCUUUUACACCACUCUCCUCCAAUCAUCUGUCACUGAGCUGGAGACAGCCCUGGAAGUUCUGUGUUUUUGUUGCUAAGUGAAGCAUUCAGCUGCCGGCUGGUGUGAGCGUUUGGAAAUCAGAUCUGUUACUGCUGAACUUAAUACAAACAUGUUUUUUCAAAUGUUUCUUUACUUUUUCAGCCAUCUUUCUACUGUUGCAUUGGGAUUCCUUUCUGUGAUAGCACACCAGAUCCCAGCUUUGAAGAAGUAUGUGGAAAAUACUCAUCAGAAAAAUGUGAUCUUUAGUCAACAGAAGAAUCUUCCAUGUAUUGCACCUCUGUUCACCACAGUGGAGGAGACACCACAGAUCAUUUCUGCUCGUGUACGAGGACAUAUUCCUAAAUGGCUCAAUGGUUGCCUACUUCGAACUGGACCUGGAAAAUUUGAAUUUGGGAAGGAUAAGUACAAUCACUGGUUUGAUGGAAUGGCUUUGCUUCACCAGUUCAGGCUAGAGAAGGGCAGAGUGAUGUAUAGGAGUAAGUUUCUGCAGAGUGAUACAUACAAGGCCAACAGUGUUAAUAAUCGAAUUGUGAUCUCAGAAUUUGGCACACUGGCAGUUCCUGAUCCAUGCAAGAAUAUUUUUCAACGUUUUAUGUCAAAGUUUGAGAUGCUUGCAAUAACUGACAACACAAAUGUCAACUAUGUGCAGUACAAGGGUGAUUACUACAUCAGUACUGAGACCAAUUUUAUAAAUAAAGUGGACAUUGAAACCCUGGAAAAAACAGAAAAGGUAGACUGGAGAAAAUUUAUUGCUGUGAAUGGAGCAACUGCACAUCCUCAUUAUGACCCAGAUGGAACAGCAUACAAUAUGGGGAACUCCUAUGGGCCACAUGGAUCUUACUAUAAUGUUAUUCGGGUUCCGCCAGAGAAGGUAGACCAUGGGGAGACAAUCCAUGGAGCCCAGGUGAUUUGUUCUAUCACUUCUGCAGAGAGAAUGAAGCCUUCGUACUAUCAUAGUUUUGGAAUGACAAGGAACUAUAUAAUCUUCAUUGAACAGCCUCUAAAGAUAAAUCUGGGGAAAAUCAUCACUUCUAAAAUUCGGGGAAAGGCCUUUGCAGACGCAAUAAGCUGGGAACCCCAGUAUAAUACACGGUUUCAUGUAGUGGAUAAGCACACUGGACAGAUUCUUCCAGGGAUGUAUUACAGCAAAUCUAUUGUUAAUUUUCACCAAAUCAAUGCAUUUGAGGACCAGAACUGUGUUGUAAUUGAUUUAUGUUGUCAAGAUAAUGGACAAAGUCUUGAAGUUUAUCAAUUGCAGAACCUUAGAAAAUCUGGGGAAGGACUUGAUCAGGUUUAUAAUUCAGUAGCCAGAUCUUUUCCUCGAAGAUUUGUUUUGCCCUUAAAUGUUAAUUUGGAUACCCCUGAAGAAGAGAACCUCAGCCCAUUGUCCUAUUCAUCAGCUAGUGCUGUGAAACAGGCUGAUGGAACGAUUUGGUGCUCUCAUGAAAAUCUGCAUAAUGAGGACCUAGAAGUAGAAGGGGGUAUUGAAUUUCCUCAGAUAAACUAUGGCCAAUUCAAUGGCAAGAAGUAUCAUUUCUUCUACGGCUGUGGUUUUCGGCAUUUGGUGGGAGAUUCUCUGAUCAAGGUUGAUGUGGUGAACAAAACUCUGAAGGUUUGGAGAGAAGAUGGCUUUUAUCCUUCAGAACCUGUUUUUGUUCCAGUACCAGGAGCCAGUGAAGAAGAUAGUGGGGUUAUUCUUUCUGUAGUGAUCACCCCUAACCAGAAUGAAAGCAAUUUCCUCCUAGUCUUGGAUGCCAAGAACUUUGAAGAACUGGGCCGAGCAGAGGUACCAGUGCAAAUACCGUAUGGAUUCCAUGGUACCUUCAUAACCAUCUGAUGGGACAAACACAAGGGGUAGGAAGUAGGUUUAAAAUGAAUGUGCUGUGUACAAAAGAGAGAGCAAAAGGGCGGGGCACCUUACUUGCAAGUUGUAGACAUUUGGUGUACACAUUUUUUUUUUUCCACCAGAGCAUGUCUCAGCUCUGGUUUAUGGUGGUGUGGGGGAUUGAACCUGGGAUUUUGGAGCCUCAGGCAUGAGAAUCUCUUUGCAUAACCAAUAUGCUAUCUACCACCUGCCCCAAACAAUUCUAUUAAAAAUAAAAUUCAAGAGCUUA